AGGGGGAGCUCGGCCCGACCCCAUCGCGGGGGGCUCCGGGAGGGUUUUUGUGGGGCAGGGGAGGCAAAUCGCAUCGUGUCCUUGUCCCCACGGGGGCAAAUCCCAUCGUGUCCUUGUCCUUGCUCCCCCAGAGCAGGAGCUGAGCAUGGAGAGCAGCGAGGAGCUGGUGGCUGAGGCCCCUUGGAGCGGCUCCACGGCUCGGCAGGGAGAAGCCAACGGGGAGGAGAAGCCGCGGAGAUCCCCGAGCAGGAGGGGCUGCAAAGGCAGAGCGCGGGGAUCCGAGGGGGAAAGAGCCAGCCUGGGCCAUGGAGGGGCUCAGAGAUCCGAGCUGGGGCUCCAUGAGCAGCUCCAGGGUGGGCAGGAGAAGCCCCACAAGUGCUCCGAGUGUGGGAAGAGCUUCAAGAGGAGAUCCCGCCUGAAUCUCCACCUGCGGAGCCACACGGGGGAGAAGCCCUAUGAGUGCGAUGAAUACCAUCAGACGUUUUACACCAAUUCUGAUCUCAUCAGUCACCAGCGCAUUCACACCAACGAGCGGCCAUUUUGCUGUCCUGAUUGUGGAAAGGGAUUCAGGCAAAGCUCCAGCCUCGUCCUCCACCAGCGAAUCCACACCGGGGAGAGGCCCUAUGAGUGUGGGGAGUGUGGCAGGAGCUUCAGGUGUAGGUCCGUACUGACUCUCCACCAGAGGAGGCACACGGGGGAACGACCCUACCAGUGUGACCAGUGCCAGAAGAGGUUUUCGAGGAGCAAUGAUCUCGUGGGGCACCAGCGCUCACACACGGACAAGAGGCACCGGUGCAUCGACAGCGAGGAGAGGCCCUACAAGUGUGGUCAGUGCCAGAAGAGGUUUCAGAGGAGCUCCAAUCUCCUCAGCCACCAGCUCAUCCACACCGGGGAGAGGCCGUUCUAUUGCCGUGAGUGUAGGAAGGGAUUCAGACAUAUCUCUGUCCUCAUCGUCCACCGGCGCAUCCACACCGGGGAGAGGCCCUACGAGUGUGAUCAGUGCCAGAAGAGUUUUACGAGCAGCAGCGUGCUCCGCAAGCACCAGCUCAUUCACACCGGGGAUAGGCUAUUCCACUGCCGUGACUGCGGGCAGGGCUUCAGGCGCAACUCUGCCCUCAUCGACCACCGGCGCAUCCACACCGGGGAGAGGCCCCACGAGUGUCCCCACUGUGGGAAGAGCUUCGCCAGGAGCUUCACCUUGACCAAGCACCAACGCACCCAGCAUUAGAGUCCACCCUGGGUGGGAAGACCUUUGUGAUCUGGUCCAGCUCUGUUGGUCUCAGAGCUCUGGGUGAUCCCAGGUGGGCAGAGCCCAGGUGAUCCCUGUUUGGAGCACACCUGGCUGGGGGCUCCACCUCCUUCUGGCUCCCCGUGGCCUGGCUCUUCUCUUUGUCCUUUUUAAAUCUGAGUUUAAAAAUAAAGGUAAUAAACGA